AUGUCGGGGAGAGUUUCGCGGAGAGGAUUCGACAGUUCACUGAUGGGGUCUAUCAAUGCCUUGCCAAACUUUACAGAGUACUUCGGACUACCAGCCUCAGGAAACGCCAGCACGGGUAUUGUGUUCGCCAUUUUCCAAGUCGGACAAAUGUGUGGAGCUCUAUUCAUCUGGAUGACAGAUUGGUACGGACGCACAUGGCACAUUUUCUUCGGCUGUCUAGGCGUCUGCAUCGGCACCAUCAUCACCUCGCUUGCUACCAGCCUUCCUAUGCUGAUCGGUGGACGGUUCAUGCUCUCCUUCUUCGCUACCUGCGCACAUACUGCUGCUCCUCUUUACCUCGUGGAGAUAGCCCCGGCUGCCUAUCGAGGGACAAUCGCAGGCAUGUACAACACAUUCUAUAACGUGGGUGCGAUACUUGCCAAUUCCGCAGUCUAUGCAUGUCAUCUCUACCUUGGCCAUCGAGGAGACCUUGACUGGAGGAUCCCCCUCUGGCUACAAAUGGUAUGCCCAGGCCUCGUCUGCUGCCUGAUCAAGUUCUACCCUGAGUCUCCACGAUGGCUUGUGGCACAAGAUCGUCACGAAGAGGCAAAAAAUAUCAUCGCAACGUAUCAUGCCAAUGGUGACCUUGAUCACCCUCUCGUAGACCUCCAGAUGGCGGAGAUGAUCGGUGCGAUUGACGCGGACCAUGAGGCGUCAUGGAAGGACUUGUUUGACCUCAGGGUGCUGUUCGAGUCUCGUGCAAGCCGAUACAGGAUCAUGUUGAACAUUGUCUUUUCCUGGUUUGGUCAGUUCAGUGGUAACAACAUCAUAUCAUACUACCUGCCCAUCAUGCUCAACGGCAUUGGCAUCACAGACACUAACACGAAGCUGAUCCUCAACAUUGCCUACUCGAUUGUCGGGUGGGUGUUCUCGGCAGCGGGAGCCCGCCUGCACGACAUUGUCGGUCGUCGAAAGAUGCUCAUGGGGACCGCGGCCGGAAUGACCGUCUCUCUGGCCAUUGUCGCCGGGUGCGCAGCUGCAUACGAGGAUCACGGCAUUCAGAAUGCCUCCACCGUCACAAUCGUCUUCAUCUUCCUCUUCGGCGCCACUUUCGCCGUCGGCUUCACCCCGAUGCAACCCAUCUACCCAGCCGAAGUCGUCAGCAACAAAAUGCGCGCGAAGGCCAUGGGUACCUUCAAGCUCACAGCGGGAGCUGCCGGUUUCCUCAACACCUUUGUCGGGCCCAUUGCGCUCUCCAGUAUUGGGUACUGGUUCUACGUAUUCUUUGCGUUCUGGGAUAGUUUUGAAGUCGGGUUCAUGUACUUCUUCUUCGUGGAGACCAAGGGGUCUACGCUGGAGGAGCUGGAUGAGAUCUUUGAAGCGGAGAACCCGCGCAAGGCCAGCGUUGAAGCUGCGAACGCACGCAGGAGGAUGAUUCGGGAGCAAAGAGAUUCGGCUGCUUAG